UCGGGCACUUCCGUCCCUCUUUAACCUCUUAUCACCCGGACCACCGACCGCGAUCUCCCCUGAUCCCCUCCCAAGUCCCAACACCCUCCAUCACCCUAUACAGCAUCGACGCCAUCGCCGGUGGCUCCUCCGGCCUACCUCGCCGCCGGCAUGGCCUCCUCGCCAGCGCCGGGUUCGCCCCCCUCCAUCGGCUCCCAGAGAAAACGAGGUUCCACCAAAGAUUCUGUUGGCUUGUAUGCGGUCCAAUGUUGUGAAUGUUACAAGUGGCGUAUGAUUCCAACUAAAGAAGAAUUUGAGACAAUUCGUGAGAACUUCACUGAGGAACCGUGGUUCUGCAGUAGAAGACGAGACUGUUCCUGUGAAGAGCCUGCUGACAUUGAGUAUGACAGAAGCCGCAUCUGGGUCAUCGACAAGCCCAACAUACCAAAGCCUCCACCAGAAACUGAGAGAUUAGUGGUUAUGAGGCGUGAUUACUCUAAAAUGGAUACCUACUAUGUCAUGCCAAAUGGGAAGCGUGCAAGGUGUGCUGGGGAUGUAGAUAAGUUUCUGGAGGCACAUCCAGAGUACAAAGAUCGCAUAUCAGUUUCAAGCUUCAGCUUUGCACCUCCCAAGAUUGUUGAGGAGACUGUUUCUCACAACUCUGCGUGGAAGGCUGCCAAGGCCAAGAAGCAGGACAAGGCAGACGCUUCAAGUGGACAAAAGGGAUCAAAACUCUAAACCGUGCCUGCUCUAUGUUUAGGUGAUCAUCAUGCAUUCCUACCUACCUCUACUUAAGUCUGUUUUAUUGUAGCGACUUUGCUCUGUGUGCUCUGAUGCACCUGAACCUCUUCCUCUGAUGUGUCAAUUCCCGGGAAAACUCUGAGAUGGUUGAUAAGUGCUGUAGGACUGUAGUUAUUUCCCUAAUUAACAGCUUGUGCUAUAGGCAUCCGUCAGUUAUGUGCUUCCUUA